GCCGCCUUUCCUCCUCCUCCCCACCCCGCAUCACUCGCCGCCGCUCCUAAACCCCUCGAAGAGAACCCCCUCCUCCCCUCGCGCCACCGCCGCCCGCAUCCGCGCCGUCACCGGGAGGGAGAGCAGCAGCGGCGGAAGCAGGAGCAGCUCGCGCGAGAGAGGGAGGAAGCCAUGGGAGGCGGCAGGAAGCGCGGGCGCACGCAGCGCCGCCACUUCAAGCAGGGGCGGGAGAACGUCUGGAAGCACAACCCGCAGCGCCCCCCGGCGGCUGGCGGCGAAGGAGCCGAAGGAGGCGCUGCCGAGGGGCGCGAAGGGAACCCCUCGUGGCAGCCCUUCGCCACCGAGAACCCAGCCUUCGAGGACUACUACAAGGCACAGCAAAUUAUUCCGGAGGGAGAGUGGGACGACUUCAUGAACAUGCUCCGGAAACCGCUGCCAGCCACUUUCAGGAUUAAUGCGAGCUGUCAAUUUUAUCAAGAUAUUUGCUCACAGUUAGAAAAUGACUUCAGGAAGUCAUUGGAAACUGAGGUUAGUGAUGAGCAUGAAGAAGAUGCUAUUCGGCCUUUGCCUUGGUACCCUGGCAAUCUUGCAUGGCAUUUGAAUUUUUCUCGAAUGCAGCUGAGGAGAAACCAGGCACUUGAGGGUUUUCAUGAAUUCUUGAAGCGAGAGAAUGAAGUUGGCAAUAUAACUAGGCAAGAGGCUGUCAGCAUGGUUCCUCCUUUGUUUCUGAAUGUGCAACCUGAUCAUCAUAUUCUUGACAUGUGCGCUGCUCCAGGAUCAAAGACCUUCCAGUUACUUGAGAUGAUCCAUCAGUCUACAAAGCCUGGAAUGCUUCCAAAUGCCCUUGUGGUAGCUAAUGAUGUUGAUGUGCAAAGAUGCAAUCUUCUUAUUCAUCAGACAAAGAGAAUGUGCACAGCCAACUUGAUUGUGACGAAUCAUGAAGCACAGAACUUUCCUGGCUGUAAUCUUGCAAAGUUUAGUUCAGAAACAUGCACGGAUGAGUCCAAACUGCAGAGGUUGGAAUUUGAUCGUGUAUUGUGUGAUGUGCCUUGUAGUGGUGAUGGAACUGUGCGUAAAGCUCCUGAUAUGUGGAGAAAGUGGAAUGCUGGUAUGGGGAAUGGACUCCAUCGUCUCCAAGUAGAAAUUGCAAUGCGCGGUAUUGGUUUGCUUAAAGUGGGUGGAAGGAUUGUUUACUCAACAUGUUCAAUGAAUCCUGUUGAAAAUGAAGCAGUUGUCGCGGAGAUUCUACGGAGAUGUGGGGAUUCUGUUGAACUUCUUGAUGUUUCUAAUGAGCUACCUGAAUUAGUCAGGCGUCCUGGACUUAGCACCUGGAAGGUACGGGAUAGAGGGUCUUGGUUUGGCACUCACGAAGAUGUCCCUCGCUACAGAAAGAACGUGAUAUCACCAAGCAUGUUUCCUUCAGGGAAGGGCACCAUGGAUAGCCAUGUGGCUAUUGGCAGUGUUGAGAUCAACACAGAUGUAAUUGAUGCUGAUAUGAAAGAUUCAACAAACAUGGUAGAGGGAGAACAAGAAACGAAAACAGCAUCUGAUGAUGUCAAUAAUGGUGGUGAUCCCAAUACUGAAGAGACGAGCAAACUUGAGUCUAAUGAAGUUCCAAACGACUCUGAUAAAAAGUCAAAUUCUACGUCUAUCCGCACAGAACAUUCAAAUUUCCCUCUGCAUCGCUGCAUGAGAAUUGUUCCGCAUGAUCAAAACAGUGGGGCAUUUUUUAUUGCAGUCCUUCAGAAAAUCUCCCCUAUUAAUGGGAACCAAGAGGCAGAACUUAUAAAAGGCGAGCACAAUAUUUCAAAGGAUAGGGCUGAGAAACUUGAGAAAGGUCUCGGAUCAGAUAAGGUGCCACAUAAAGAAAAUACCGUGCAGCAGCAAGGAGUUGAUGAUGGUAAUGUUAUGGAUGAACAGCAAAAUGGAGAUGUGGAUAAUGAAACAUCAAAUGGUAAAAGCUCAGAGGAAGCUAAAGUAAUUGUUAAUGAGGCAGAAAAUGAUCAAGCAGGACCAAGAGAUAGGAGGAGGAAGCCACAGAACCAAGGAAGGUGGAGAGGGGUUGAUCCAGUGAUAUUUUUCAAAGAUGAAGCUACAAUAAGAAGUAUAGUAUCUUUCUAUGGUAUCAAGGAUACAUUUCCGCUUGAGGGUCACCUUGUGACUAGGAAUCCUGAUGCUGGCCAUGUUAAAAGAAUAUACUACGUGUCAAAAUCAGUGCAAGAAGUUUUGGAGCUCAAUGUAAAAGUUGGUGAGCGGCUUAAGAUUACCUCACUUGGCCUAAAGAUAUUUGAAAGACAGUCAUCAAAGGAUGGCUCACCAUGCACAUUUAGGUUGUCUUCAGAGGGUUUACCACUGCUGCUUCCAUACAUCACCAAACAGAUUCUCUACGCUUCUGCAAUUGACUUCCAGCACCUUUUACAAUACAGAACUAUUAAAUUUCCUGAUUUUGUGGAUGCAAAAUUCGGUGAAGAAGCUUCAGCUUUGUUGCCUGGUUGCUGUGUUGUAGUACUUUGGGAAGGGCAUCAGAACAUAGAUUCCAUCGCCAUGGAUCCUUCUGCAAUCGCCAUUGUUUGCUGGAAAGGGAAGACCAAUUUGUGCGUCAUGGUUUCUCCCCUGGAUGGGAAGGAGCUGCUUGAGAGGAUUUGUUUACGUUAUGGGCUCAAAAUCCCCAAAGCGGAUGAUGUAAAACCCAGCAUGAAGAUUGAUGGAUCAGACGAGCAGCCUGAUCUCAGCACUGAGGCAGUUGAUCCAGAAGCUGUGCCCGAAAGCAAAGCAUCUGACAUGGAGAUUGCAGAUGCUAAAGAGGUGGAGUAAUCCUGCUGAAUGCUGAUGCUAUCCAAGGCCACAUAUUAUAGCUGGAUACAACAUCGCCCCAUCAUUUGCCUACCGGUAUUAGUUGAGCGAUGAGCCGCCAUUUUUCAUUGAUUCUGGCAUUUACGCCGUUUUCCUGUUUGAUUUAUCAUAUUCUGUUUCUGAAGAAUGGGUGAAUGAACUCGCCCAUUAGUGAAAGGGCACCACGUUGCUCUAAAGCCCAUCUGUCCAUGUCAUCUGGUAAUCGUGCACGUAUUGCCCCCUCCAUACUUCCGGCUGGCUCAUCCACCUGUAACCUAUCAGUAUCAGCUUAUUUUUCUUCGAAGAGAAUGUAUUACAGGGAGUCUUAACCUGAACUCUUGAACCUGAUAAAUUUUGAUAUGACAAUAUU